UACUAUUCUUAUAAGCGUGAUAUCGCCUCAUCAGUAGCAGUAAAGAAUACCUUUUCAUGAAAGGCUUCGAUUUUCCACGGACCUGGCUUCGAGUUCCACCAGGAUGAGAAGAAGAGUAAACACAAAGUCCAAGACCAGGCUGAAUCUUCUAGUCUAGCCGACCGUUCCGCAACGCCAGGAACAGGUGAGAGCGAUUUCAUCAUGAGCAGCCUCGACGAAGAACGGGAAGCGAUAUUAUCAUGGCUCUCAGAUCUGGACAUGGAAAAGGAGCUUAUGAAGACUUUGAGUAAGCGAAUCAAAGAGACGUCGGAAUGGAUCCUCCAAACUCCAGAGAUCUCAAAAUGGGCUUUGGGACAAGGACAGCGCCGAAUGCUCUGGUGUCAUGGACUUCCAGGUUCUGGAUUAACGACGCUUUUCUCAGUCAUCGUCGAUCAUUUCCGCAAGACCUUCACAGAUUCGAAGUCCGCAGUUUCUUACAUUUACUGUGAUGACGAGGGAUUCGAACAAUCUCAGUACUCUGCCUUGACGCUGAUCUCCACCAUAUGCAAACAGUUGGCAGAGCAAAGCAAAGAGGUUCCAGCUUAUCUCUUGAAGCUAUACAAAACCCUUGCUCCAAACGAAGAGAACAUCGGAAUCGACGAAGCGACACGGCUGCUUUUGACAUUGUGCGAGAGCUUCGAAAAAGUUGUGAUCUGUGUAGAUUGCCUUGGUGCCAUAAGUCCCGGUGAGAAGCCCAUCCUUCUCUCGAAAUUGAAGUGGAUGAGCAACAAUGGAGCCCUGGUCCUUCUUACGAAUUGUACUCACGGAGAUUUACCGGAAGGAUGCUGUUGUCAUGAUGACCUUGUUGAUGCCUUUGCAGAAGAAGAGAUGAUGUUGAUCAGAGCAAAAGACGAGGAUAUCAGAGCUUGUGUUUGGCAGAGGCUCGAACAUCAUCCGAGCAAAAAUGAAUUGGAUUUCGAGAGUGGAGAGGCUUCCAGAAUCGUGGACGACAUUGUGAGAGACUCCGGUGGAAUGUUUCCCGUGGCGCUCUUGAAGGUGGACAAAGAGCUUCGAAGGCGCAAGAGUCGGCGACUUCACGUUAAUGCCCUUCUAGCGGAUUCAGCACGCCAUCUGACUUCAGACGUAAAUCAUCUAGAUCGCCUUAACGAUGAUUUGGAUUCGGAUACGCUGUCCCAAUCUUUGGCACGCCGUUCUUCGAGGUCUUCAUCGCAUUGUCCGCAAGGUAUAUCGUCCCUCUCGACACGUUCGCCUUCACCACGUGGACAACACCCGCUGCCUCAAACAAAUGCACAAGCUGGGCGACCUCCCCAUCCACGACGCCUCUCCACAUCGGACAGUACUUCAUCAUUUGCCGAGACGCAGUCAGCACCAUCUCCUGACGAUGAACAACCGUCGUCAACAUUGCCUAUACCAAAUGGGUCUCCGUCAGAUGGCCCGCACGAAUUUCUCGAUUUGACCGUAGAUUCUUCCUUUUACGAGUGGCCUGCGCCAAGUGCGUCUCUAGUUGCACAGUCAUCCGCCAUUCCUUUUCCCAUCAGGUCCUCAUCGUUUCAAUCUUUGGGCAUCCCACCGCCACCAGGUCCUCCCGCCAAUUUUCUUCAAGAUGCGUCGCCCGCUCCGAAUAGCUUUCCACCUGUUCAUGGUCCUACAGCUGAUUUUUCCCAUUUAACUCGUGCAUUUCCACCGCCCGCAGCCCCUAUUGUAGGGUACAUACCCCCUUCAUUAGGAUUUUGUAACGGCCCGCCGAUAGGAUUCCCUUCCAUCAACGCCACUACGUGCGAGCCCCUGCCUUUCCCACUGUCCCCAAAGGCCAGUGAAAAUAGUUCGUUUCAGGCUUGGAAGCGAGACCCCACGCUUAGAGAGUUCUCUUUAAGACUUUUGGGCUGGGUAAUAUAUACGAAAGAGCAGCUAACACUUCAUGAACUUGUACAAGCCGUAACCACGGAUUAUCCUCUAGACCAUAAUCGUUCGAUAUUAAUCCAGGGAUCGGAUGCAAGAUUCCAGACUCUUCGAGAUCCAGAACCAGGAGAUUUGAGCAGGAAUGGUACCAACGAUCAGCCUCCUUCUGUCACAUCAGAUGCUGUCUUUGAUGAGAAGUGGGACAAUGGGAUUUCCCUGCUUGAAAUGUGCCAUGGAUGGAUCCGGAUUCAGGAGGAUACGAAGGAGAUCCAACUAUCUGACGUCUGGUGGAAGUGGUCUCUGCCUCAAGAGGCAGCAGAUCAAAUCUUUCCAAAUAUGCAUUACCGGAUAGCAGCUACAUGCCUUAAGCUGUUAUCAAGAAAUGAUUCUCUUGAGAGUAAUCAGGUCGAUUUGAGGAACCCAUCCAACAAGGCUUUAGUGCCGUUCAAACGCUAUGCACAGCGGUUUUGGGUUGCUCAUUACCUGGAAAGUGGGGACGAGAGGUUAGUUCAACAUGCAGUCAUCUACUUCAACAAAUUAUACCAGCAGCCAGCAAGUUGGGUUGAAGAACGAAAUCCGAUGUGGAAAGAUAAGUAUCAUGUAGUCGUCGUUGACGACGAGACACCGUUGAUAAAGGCGGCUCGACUCGGUCUGAACGAUAUUCUUGAGAAGCUGUUGCGCACUCGAAUGUACAACAUCAACUUCAAGUCUUCCAACCGAGAGUCUGCCAUUUCAGUUGCUGUUACUGCUGGUUUUACUAGUACGGUGCAACUUCUUUAUCGAUAUGGUGCUUCGAUACAUUAUCGCAACUCGGUAGGUAUGGGAUUAGUUCACAUGGCAGUAGAAAGAGAUGAUGAAGUCAUGGUUGCUCUUUUGCUCUGGUGUGGGUUGACAGCAAAUGGCCUAUCCGCAGGCGACCGGCCAGAGCCACCGAUCCUAGUUGCUGCAAGGAAAAACAGUGUCAACGCAGCAUCUGUUCUUCUUGAUCACGGUGCUAGUAUUCUCACACCAGGAGUAUUGAAUGACGCGGCUCGACAGGGUCAUGAAGAUUUUGUGCGGCUGAUUGUUGAGCGUGGCUUCGAUUUGUCAUCGUCCACACUGUGUCACGAAUCUCUGUUGGAGAACGCGGUGUCCUCAGGCUCGCUGACUCUCGUUGAGUACUUGAUUCGUAAUGGAGUUGAUCCGUGCCGUGUCAACAACGAAGGAAUUCAUCCAGCUGUUCACGACGCAGCUCGCUACGGCCAUCUUCAAAUUCUCAGAUUACUACUAGACCACGGAGCUAAUCCAUGGAGAAUGAAAAAGGUUAGCGAAACCGCAUCACGGCGACUCGAGAGGACUGCAAUUGAGGCAGCAAUGUGGGAACGUCGAUCAGAAGUCGUGGAAUUUCUUCUGUCACACAUUCCCGAUGACCUACCGAAUGUGACAAAGUUAGAAAUCGCAGCGACUGCUAUCUCCGGCAAAUCACCAGAUGUUCUGGAUUUUAUGCUCGAACGCCUCUUUGACGGCGUUGACCCUGAAGAGAGGAAGGGAUUCGAGAAACGCUUGAUUUCGGACGCUGUAUCAGAAAACGCAGAAGAAACUUUAGAGCGUCUCCUAAGUCGCGGGUUCGAUCCAAACUUCACAGAUGAGAAGGGUUCUGGCCCGUUGCAUAUCGCAGCAGCAAGAGGAACAGCAGGGAUAGUCUCUAUGCUUCUAAGUCAUGGAGCAGAUAUGCAUAAAUUAACAGAAGACAAGAAAUCUGCCGUUGGCAUUGCCGCUCGAGCCUGCAAUGUUGACGUCUUGAAGGUCUUGCUGGGACGGGAUUCUCGAGGUGAUCUUUUCGACCAUGACGAUUCUAUUGUCAUAGAAGUAGCCGAAAGUGACCUUGGCGUUACGAAGUGGGCUGCAGUUGUAAGGCUUCUGCUCAGCCAUGGCGCAUGCACGAACAGCUCGAAUGCUCGUGGAGAGACAGCGCUGCACUAUGCGGUGCUUGAUAACGACCUAGAACUGGUGAAAGAAUUAUUAGACCAUGGUAUCAAUACCUCCGUGAUCUCUCAUCGUGGGGGUAGUGCUCUUCACCUUGCCGCGUUUAAGGGACAAAUGAGCAUUGUCAGGGAACUUAUCAGUCAUGGGGCACCAAUCGACCUAGCUUACAGUUUUCAUGGCGAAAAGUAUGUAGUAGAUGACAGUCGUGGCGAGUCCAGCAACCGACCUCAUGAUUGGGGGCCCAUUGACGAGCUUUGGACACCGCUUCAUAGUGCUGCUUGUAGUGGACAUGAUGAUGUUGCCGACUUUCUACUACAGCAGGGGGCUCAGAUAUCUCCGAAGGCGUUUAACGGAGAUACUCCACUACAUGUAGCCGCUUCCGCUGGGGAGACUUCGAUCAUCAGGAAGCUAUUGCAGCGAGGUGCAGAUGCUUCCGAAAAACAGUGUGCUGGAAACACACCUUUGCACUGUGUGGCACGCGCGAACAUGGCUUCCUCGAUCCAAAAACUUACUGACCACUUCUUGUGCAAUUGUAAGAGAGCGAAGAAGGCUAGAGAAACAGCAGCGUUGCCACCAACACGGCGAUGGAUUGACUGCGUUUCUGUUCUUGUCCAAUACGGAGCAGACCUUGGUGUGGAAAACCUCGAAGGACUGACUCCUCUUGCGGUUGCCGUCUGUUGUGACAACCAUGAGGUAGUCAAAGCCUUUAUCAACCACAUACCACAGAAUUUAUAUACAACCGCAGCGUAUUUAAAGCUCUUGGGCGCUUGCGAAGGCACUACCUCAGCAGCGACGCUUCGAUCAAUCACGAGUUUCUUUGAGGAAACGAAGGAAUCGCGUGAACAGUGGGAUAAGAUUUUGAUUGCUGCAUGCGAAGCUGGCAACAUCGAGAUGACCAGGCUGGCUUUGGAAAAGGGAGCUCGCGCAGGCACGAGAACUUUAAAUGGGACAUACCUCCUUCACGAAGCUAUCGCCAAAGAGCAGUCCGAAAUUGUUAGCUCUUUGCUUGAAGCUGGCGCCGAUAUCAAUAUGCUAGAUUCCUCAGGGCGCAAUGCAUUGCACAUAGCUUCAGCACAUCGCGGCGAAAGGACUUUGACAGUCAACUACCAGAGCAGAGAAAAAGAACUCAUAGCAGAAGAGCUACUGAAGACUGGAGCAAGAGUGAAUUCGCGAACAUCUUCUGGAGACACGGCUUUACACUUUGCUGUCAGCACUGGCGUUACCGCUUUGGUUCAACUAUUGAUCCGUUUCGGCGCGUCAGUAAACAUUCGUAACGGAAGAGGCCUGACGCCUCUCCAUGCGGCUACUGCAACUUGGGUAUUUCCGGAAAUAGUCGAGCUGCUGCUUCAGAACGACGCCUGUCCUUCGGCGCAGGAUUACGCUGGGUUUACGCCACUGCAUAGUAUCAGAGAUGUAGGGGAAACGGGAGGGCUGGUCGUUGACAUGAUAGUCAGACAUGGAGGAGACCAUUCGAUUCCAGCACGAAACGGCGACAAGCCAAUCCAUCUCGCGAUCCGGCGUUCGAACUGGACUGUGUUUGAACGACUCAUACGUGCAGGUGCUUCAAUUCUAGAUCGCCGUACAAAUGGGGAUACAGUUCUGCACAUUGCGGUAAAACAUAACAGAGAGUCGCUUGUCAGUCGUUUGAUAAGCCUGGGUGCAGAUCCCGGGGCCGUGGACGGCACUGGAUGGACAGCUCUUCAUUAUGCAGUUCGUAGCCAAAACAUGGCGAUACUAGCUAUGCUUGCACAACACAAGCCCAAAAGCGGUACAAAUAUAGACGGAGUUAGAAUGACACCUCUUUCCCAAGCAUUGGGCAGUAAAAGUGAUGAGAUUAGGAAGUUUCUAGUCAACGCGGGCUACGACCUUGAUGAAAACCAUUCUGUGAGCGGAACAGAUUAAUCGAUGGCCUGAGAUGGCGGAAAAUUGUUGAAGAUUAUGAUAGAUGUGUGGUUUAACGUACAUCAGGAACAUGCGGG